GAAGAAAACUAUAUUUUUUUGUAUUUCAAAAGAAAUUCCAUACAAGUUAAAACACUAGUGCGCUUUCUGUUUCCAUUUCUAGUUUCGAACAUUUUACCGUUAUUACUGUUAUUGGUAAAACAAAUAAAGCAUCUAAAUGUGUCGUUACUUGUAAAGUGUAUUGAUAUUUCAUAUUUGAUUGAAGCUGUCAAAAUAUAUUGUGUUUUAAUCAAUUUCAUAGAAGUAUUUAGAUCGAAUUAGGACAAUGAUUAAACUUUUUUCUUUAAAACAACAAAAAAAAGAUGAAGAAGGAUCAGCACGGGCAGGUGGUUCACAAAAAAAAGCGUCAGCAGCACAAUUGCGGAUCACUAAAGAUUUGAAUGAAUUAAAUUUACCCAAGACAUGUAACACAGAGUUUCCAGACCCAGAUGAUUUACUCAAUUUCAAGUUAAUUAUUUGUCCAGAUGAGGGUUUUUAUAGAGGAGGGAGAUUUGUAUUUAGCUUUAAGGUAGGACCAAACUAUCCUCAUGAACCACCCAAAGUUAAAUGUGAAACAGCUGUAUAUCAUCCCAAUAUAGACCUUGAGGGCAAUGUAUGUUUAAAUAUACUCAGAGAAGACUGGAAACCAGUGCUCACUGUUAACUCUAUAGUUUAUGGAUUACAGUAUUUAUUUUUGGAACCCAAUCCCGAAGAUCCUCUCAAUAAAGAAGCAGCGGAUGAGCUCCAGAGCAACCGAAGACUAUUUGAACAGCAUGUGCAGCGCGCUAUGCGCGGCGGCUACGUCGGAUCCUCAUACUUUGAACGGUGCCUCAAGUGAACACGACUCAUCUGUAAAUUAUAUAUCAACAAUAUACAAAUAAAUAAAUCUCAUAAUAACAUUAUA